AUGGCAGCAGCUCCCGUGCCCUUGUACGAGUUGCCCAUUACGUUCUCCAUCGUUAUCGAAGACGAUCACCAAGCUAUCAAUCUCUGCGCCGGACGUCUAAUACAGGCCAGAACUCCUCAAGAUCGCGCCCGCUUUCUCCAGGAAGUCACCUGGCGCCUAGUCCGUCACGAUGUGUCGGAGGACCUCGUGAUGCGGCCGGCGUUCAUCGAGCAUCUGGGCGAGGAAGGGCAGCGGAUGGCCGACCACGACCGAACAGACCACGACCGAGCAAAGACCGAACUGCUCGCUCUGUUCGACAUGCCCCUGGACUCUCCCGACUUUCCUACGACAGUCCAAAAGCUCUUCUCCGAGCUGCUCGAGCACAUGAAGAUCGAGAGCGGCGAACAGAUUCCACGCCUCGAGCGCAUACUUGACCUCAGCGAGAGCCAGCGUCUCGGCAGAGAGUACAUGAAGACGCAGGUCAUGACGCCCGCUCUCGAGAUGGUCGGUAAAGACGGUGCGAAAAGGGGAGUAUGGGCCGACGUCCGCGACUAUGCCCGCACCGAUCUCCGCCAAUUCAGGGACAUUUGGGCACAAUUGACUAACGAGCAUUCUGUGAUGGGCAUCAGGAGUUACUCCCGACAACAACACAUAAAGGGCAGGUUGUGA